UUCAAUUAAUUCAAAAAUCAUCUGAUCUAAAUAAACAAAAAUAAUAUAUUCAAAGCCAUACUGAUAAGCAAAAUUAUCGUUUUAUUUGUUCCACGACCUUCUGUGACCCUUUUUUGAUAGUAUAAAUCCACAUGGAAGACAAUAAAAUGCAAUUCGCAGGGAAAGUUGUACUAAUUACAGGGGCUAGUUCUGGUAUUGGGGCUGCUACAGCUCAGUAUUUGGCGAAAUUAGGGGCUAGUCUUGCUUUAGCAGGUAGAAAUAAACAAAACUUGGAAAAAGUAGCGGCAGAAUGUGCGAAAUCGCAAAACAAUGCCCCCCUAUUGCUGACAGCAGAGCUGAGCGAUGAACAACAAACAAAAACUCUUCUAGACGACACAAUCAAGCAUUUCGGCAAAUUAGACGUUCUAGUCAAUAACGCCGGCAUACUGGAAACAGGCUCAGUAGAAACAACAGAUUUAGCCCAAUACGACCGAGUAAUGAACAUCAACGUACGCUCGAUUUAUCAAUUAACCAACUUGGCAGUACCUCAUCUGAUUGCCACUAAAGGAAAUAUUGUCAAUGUGAGCAGCGUUAAUGGAAUCAGGGCUUUUCCUGGUGUAUUUGCUUAUUGUAUUUCCAAAGCAGCGGUAGAUCAAUUAACAAGAUGUGCUGCAUUAGAUUUAGCUCCUAAACAAGUCAGAGUUAAUGCAGUCAAUCCCGGAGUGACUGUUACAAAUUUACACAAAAGAGGUGGCAUGAAUCAAGAACAAUAUGAGGUCUUUAUAAAAAGGUCACAAGAGACUCACGCAUUAGGCAGGCCUGGAACUGCAGAAGAAGUUGCUAGGACUAUAGCUUUUUUGGCUAGCGACAGUGCUAGUUUUAUUACUGGAGCUACUUUACCAGUGGAUGGUGGACGACAUGCCAUGUGUCCAAGAUAAAAAUACUAUAUAUUUUAAUUUUUAUAAGAUUAUUUUACUGAUAAUAAACAAACUAUACACAAUAACAAAUUACUAUUCAUCAAGCUCUAGGGUCUCAGGAAUACCCAAUUCCUCAUCGGUCCAUUUCCUGGAGUCUGGCCAAGCAAAUUCACCCUAAAAUAAAACUUUUAUAUUUAUUUUGACCUGGAAAAAAUUCUUACAAGGAUGUGGUCUGGUUCAGUCCACAAGUGCCACAAAAUCCACCACCACAUCACUCCCUGAGUGAAAUCGGCAAUCAUGAAUAACGUUUUUGUCGGUGGGGCUGUGCCCUUUCUAUAGGCCCAACUAAAAAAUAAUUUCGAUUUGAAAAUUGGGUAAUUACAUAACGUAAACAUUAACUUACGCUGUGUGUCCGUGUCUGACGGUUUGCUGCAAUUGCCCCUUAUUUUUGGAUAAGCACCUGAGGGCUCUUAGGGCUGUGGCGCCCCUUGAUAGCAACAUUUUAAAAAUUAUUCUAUUUUUUGAUUUUCAGAAUUUUCUAACCUAAAAUUUAUGAAAGACUGGGACUGAGAGUAGAGUAGUAGAGUAAUCAAAUUAUUGCUAGUGGCAAAC